CUCCCAUUGCCUCAGAUUAUUGCACUACUACUUAGUUAUUUUAAGAAGAGUUUAAGGUGGUGGUGUUCAGAAACCUCAUCCUACAAUGGAAACUUUUGCUCAAAUAUUGGUUUUAUGGUGGGUUCUACUGGGUUCAAGCAUGGUUAGUGAGGGUCAUCGCAGUGCCUUAAAUGGGCAUAAUCACACUCCGUCCACCCAUUCCAAGACUACUCACGACGUCACAAACUUUGGAGCUGUCGGAGAUGGAAAUACAGACGAUUCUAAAGCAUUUCAGUCAGCAUGGGAGGCGGCCUGCAAGAGAAAGACGAACAACGCCAAGGUAACGGUACCAAGUGGGAAAACAUUUUUGGUCUCUCCAAUCCAAUUUGAAGGUCCAUGUACAUCAAAUUCCAUUACAUUUGAGAUCUUGGGAGACAUUGUUGCGCCUCCAAGAUCAGCAUGGACGAAGAAAAGUGCAGAUGAAUGGUUGUCCUUUCAUCGGGUAGACGGGCUUAUUGUGGCAGGGAGUGGACAAGGAGUGAUUGAUGGUCGAGGAGAAUCAUGGUGGACACAUGGAGACGACAGAACGCGACCUACUGCGCUCCGGUUUUCUCACUGCAAUGAACUUCAAGUCAGAGGACUGAAGCAUAGGAACAGCCAAAAGAACCAUGUUUCCAUAAAUGGAUGCAACGGUGCAACCAUUUCAAACCUGGACAUAAGGGCCCCUGCAAAGAGUCCCAACACAGAUGGAAUUGACAUCAGCGCUUCAUCCAAUCUUCAUAUUCACAACUGCCUCAUGGCAACUGGGGACGACUGUAUUGCCAUUAAUGGAGGUACUUCAAAUGUAGACAUAUCCAAUAUAGCAUGUGGUCCUGGACAUGGAAUAAGUAUUGGGAGUUUAGGGACAGAUGGACGGCAUGACGAAGUAGAAGGAAUAAGCAUAACUAAUAGCAUCUUUACUAGAACUGAUAAUGGAGUGAGAAUCAAAACAUGGCAGGGAGGUUCCGGAUUUGCCAGGAACAUCACCUUCUCAAAAAUAACCUUCGUAGCAGCUAAUAACCCUGUUAUCAUUGACCAGUACUACUGUCCUCACAAGAAAUGCGCUAAUAAAACAUCUGCAGUGAAAGUUAGUCAUGUGAGAUACUCUGGACUCCAUGGAACAUCAAUCUGCAAAAAUGCUACGAUUAACUUCAGCUGCAGCCAAACCGUUCCCUGCACUGAUAUCGUAGUGGAUGAUGUAGACAUAGAAUCAGUUUAUCCAAAUGAUUCAACUACUGCCCAUUGCAUCAAUGCUCAUGGGACAGCAGCUCAUGCACUGCACCCAGCUAUGGACUGCCUAAGGAACUAAAGCUGUGACACAUUUUGAUCAGAUACGCUUAUCAACCACUAGGCUGCAGAAGAACAACAACGUUAGACUUGUCUCCUUAGGUUUUCACUUGCACAAACUCUCCCAAUUUGUAUUACUUCCAAAAGAUUUUGAGUAAAUAUAGUUGAAAUCCAAAUACAGUGGCAUUUGCUUC